AUGCGACAGCUGCGACGCCAGAAGAGGGACUGGGUCAUCCCCGCAAAUAAGCUUAAGGAGAACUUCGACUACACCAAACGGACCCAUAUCGCCAUAAUCAGGUCAGAUUUAAAGGGGCAGACUCUGUUCUACAGUCUGAAGGGCCCCGGGGCCAAUCAGGAGCCGUUCAACGUGUUUGUUGUGGGCGAGACGAAUGGCCUGGUGCGAAUCCUGAAAAAGCUGGACCGCGAGGAGAGAGACCAUUACACUCUCACAGGAGUGGCCAAGUUUGGUAACGGCACAGUGGCCGAGGGCGAUAUCGGCCUGAAGAUUGAGGUGGAGGAUGAGAACGACAAUCCACCGGUUUUUCCAUCCAUACCUACUGCUUCGGUCGACGAGUCAAGUCCACAAGGAACUUUCGUCACCCAGGUGACGGCCACUGAUAUUGACAAGCCCAACACUCUUCACACCAAGAUUGCCUACAGCAUUGUGAAGCAGGAGCCCUUUAAUGGCUCAGUUAUCUUCGACAUAGACAGAUCCCUAGGAAUUAUCUCCGUCAAAGAGCCAACGUUGGACCGAGAGAAAGUGAGUUCUUAUGUCUUGACAGUUAAAGCAACUGAUAUGGAUGGAGCAUCUAAUGGCAACACGGCCACCACGACUGUCAAUAUAAAAGUGGUCGACAUCAAUGAUAACGCCCCCAGGCUGGAUAAAGAUGAGUAUUCUGGUGAGAUAGAGGAGAACAAAGCCGACGUGGAGGUCAUGAGGUUCCAGGCGCUGGAUGAUGAUGAGGAAAACACGGACAACUGGCUGGCUCAGUUUGAUAUCGUCUCUGGAAACGAUGAUGGGAUAUUCAGUAUAAAGACAGACCCCAAAACCAAUGAAGGGGUUCUCAUGCUCGAAAAGCCUGUUGAUUUUGAAGAGAAUCCUGACAUUAAGCUCGGGGUGGUCGUAUCUAAUGUAGCACCAGGUGUCUGGGAUGGAGCUGGAGAUGGGGAUGAGGGGGGAGACGGAGACGAGGGCAGAGAUGGGGCUGGAGGUGGCGGAGGAGGUGAGGGUGGAGCUGGAGGUGCAGGUGGAGACGGAGGUGCAGGUGGGGGUGGAGGCGGAGGCGGGGCUGGUGGUGGAGACGGGGCUGGUGGUGCUGGUGGGGCUGGUGGGGCCGGCGGUGGGGGCGGGGCCGGUGGUGGGGCCGGUGCUGGUGGGGGAGGCGGCGCUGGUGGGGGAGGUGGUGGAGGUGGGGCCGGUGGCGGAGGUGGGGCUGGGGGCGGGAAAAGAAAGCCUUCCAGAAAGAAGACAAGCAAACGCAAAAGUUACCCUGUGAACAUUGCUGUGGUAAAUAUGCGCGAGGGUGUUGGCUUCAAGCCCAAGGUGAAGCCUGUAUCUGUGUCGGAAAAUCCAGCUGACAAACCGUUAGGAAAGGUGAUCGCCUCUUACCGGGCCACUGACACAGACUCUGGACAGCCUGCAGAAAAUGUUCAAUAUGCUAAAGGCUACGACCCUGACAACUGGAUAUCGAUUGACCCAGAGACAGCAGAGAUCAGACUUAUUAAACAACCAGACAGAGAGUCCCCUUUCUUGGUUAAUGGGACGUACACCGCUAAAAUACUUUGCCUAACACAGGAUAUGCCCUCACAGACGGCCACCGGGACUAUAGCAUUGCAGGUGGGAGAUGAAAACGAUAACUGCCCCACGCUGACCAGCCACCUGGAGUUUGUGUGCUCCUACACCAAGAAGGUCAACAUCACGGCGCAGGACGGCGACGAUGACCCCAACGCAGCUCCCUUCGUGUUCAGCCUGGCGCCUGAAGUGAGCCAGGAGGACUGGAAGGUUGAGCCUUUAAGUGAUACGAUGGCAUCCCUCAGGCCUCUCCGCCCCCUGUGGCCCGGCCACUACAAGGUUGCCCUCAUCAUCCAGGACCAGCAGGGUCUGGCCUGCCCAGAGCCUCAGCUCUUUGAGCUGAAGGCCUGCUCCUGUGCCGAGGGCGAGACGUGCCAGGAGGAAGAGGGUCGGACGGCUGCUCGCAAGGACACGUCGUCCACGUUCGCAGCUCCUGGAAUAGCAGCCCUCAUCCUGGGAUUUCUGGCACUGCUUUUCGUAGGUCUCCUACUGCUGACCUGCUCAUGUGGAAUGCUGCCCGGGACCUUCGCUGAACUUCCCUUUGAUGCCAAAGACCAUCUGAUCUCCUACCACACCGAGGGCCAAGGAGAAGACAGGGAGGUCCCUCUGCUCGCCGCUCCUCUCUACACACCACGCAUUGGCACACAGACCAACAACACUCUCAAUGCGGCUCCUAACCUGGAUCAAUCCUUAAUAAGCCUUAAUAUGGGCACUGCUUACAAUUUCAGUUCAGGGAGCAACGGCAGGAUCUAUGAGAGCAGAUCCAUGGGAGAACUUUACAGUGACAUGAUCGAUCAGAGAGAAAUGGAGUCCCUGGUAAUGGAAGCACAUACUCUGCACUACGUACCUGACAUUGCCCUUCCCGAUGACCUUCUGCAUGAUUACUACUCCCAGAAGGCGGUCUGUGCAGCGGAGAACCAAACGGCGAUGGACGGUCUGUUGGUGUAUGAAUUUGAGGGCCAGGGUUCCUCUGCCGGCUCAGUUGGCUGCUGCAGCCUUCUGGAGGCCGACAACGACCUCCAGUUUCUCGAUGACCUGGGACUAAAAUUCAAGACCCUGGCAGAUAUCUGCUCCCCUGAGUCCCCACCCCUUCCAAAUCCUGAAACUGUCAUCAUAUCAAAAGUAGAUGAAGCUGACCAUUUAACCAGGCCAUUGUUGGAGUCAGCCAUCAUCAACCACCAGGAGCCUAACCCUGCCAAAGAUGUCAACAUCAGUCACAAUCAGUCACACCAGUCAUCGAUCACUCACACUGGCUUUAACCAAGUAGUCACCAAUAACACCAGCAGCCACUCAUUCAGCAGUACCAUCAACAAGGUUCAGUCAGCUCCCAUCAGCCCUGUGACAACAGGAGCAACAGGAGCAACAGCAACAGCUAUGCUGCCUCCUCCUGGUCAGAUGGUCCUACUGCAGCAGCAGCCUGUCUGCUACACCACCACUCCUGUACUGCAGCCUAUGCACUACAUCGUCCAACCACAGAUUCAGAACACGAUGGUGUUGGCUGAAACCCCAGCCACCAACUUGCAGGGAAUGAUCGUGGUCAGUGGGAGCUCCGGAAACACACAGCAAAUUAUAAAUGGGGGAAACGCUGCUGGUUCAUUCACUGUCCCAAGAAUGAUGGGAGAGAGGGUGGUGAAAAAGAGUCAGAAACGACGCAAGAGGAUUCAGUCUGAAGGCUCAGGAAAGGCAGUAGGAAAUCAUGGGGUGGCAAUUGCAGGUGGGGCACAUGGCCAAAGGGUCUUGGUAGAGGGUGGGACAAGGCUGGAGCAUGUUCAGGCUAACACAGGGAUGCUGCCAGCUGCACAGGGUAUCAUGCUGAUGGGUGGACAAGAGUGUGGGACAAGGCUGGAGCAUGUUCAGGCUAACACAGGUAUGCUGCCAGCUGCACAGGGUAUCAUGCUGAUGGGUGGACAAGAGGGUGGGACAAGGCUGGAGCAUGUUCAGGCUAACACAGGGAUGCUGCCAGCUGCUCAAGGUAUCAUGCUGAUGGGUGGACAAGAGGGUGGGACAAGGCUGGAGCAUGUUCAGGCUAACACAGGGAUGCUGCCAGCUGCUCAAGGUAUCAUGCUGAUGGGUGGACAAGAGGGUGGGACAAGGCUGGAGCAUGUUCAGGCUAACACAGGGAUGCUGCCAGCUGCUCAGGGUAUCAUGCUGAUGGGUGGACAAGGGGGUGGGACAAGGCUGGAGCAUGUUCAGGCUAACACAGGGAUGCUGCCAGCUGCUCAGAGUAUCAUGAUGACAGGUGGACAAGUCACCCUGGGACCAAUAGGGUCAGAAAUGGGGCUGUCAGAGCAGGUUGUGUCCAUAGAUGGUGGUCAGCAUGUCAUGUUGCAGAGUCCCACCAGUUUGGAUUCAGUGUCUCUCAGUCCGGUCCCACUAAGUCCAGUGGCUCUGGCUGGAUCCUCUGUUGAAACAAAGUCAGGAUCGUCCAGGAGGAGCAUGGUGUUAGUUGAAAGACCACUGAACGAUGCUCAGAGAAGACCAGGGCAGGCUACAUAG